GGCGCUCGCACUGGAGAUAGAUCCAGAAAAAUAUGUCGGACUAUUUAAGGUCCGCGCUCGGGUACCUGAACGGAGGCAACGGCGGAGGCAACGAGUACGUCGGCCAGACAUUGGACAUUAACAAUGUGAAACUGCGGGUGACGCGACUGAUCGCCGAGGGUGGAUGGGCUCUGGUGUUUGCAGUAGAAGACAUUGCCACAGGAAAAGAAUAUGCGCUUAAGAAACUUAUCGCCGUCGAUGAAGAUGCGAAUAAGAUUAUCAUACAAGAAAUAGAAACACUGAAGAGACUGUCGGGUCACCCAAAUAUUAUCAAGUUCUUGUACGCUCAACGGCUGGAACGAGAGGAUCGUAAGGGUUACGAGUACUUGGUCGUUACCGAACUAUGUCCCGGCGGUACCAUAGCUGAUAUACUUAGAAGUGUGUCUGCGAAUACACUGAGUCUCGCCCAGGUGUGCAAGAUAGCCUAUCAGGCAACACGAGCAGUGCAUCACAUGCAUAGUCAGCAACCGGAACCCUUCGUACAUCGUGAUAUUAAGCUGGAAAAUUUUCUACUUGGAAGAGACGGCCUCGUGAAACUCUGCGACUUUGGUAGCGCGUCAACUCAACAAAUAUUGCCGAAUCCAUCAUGGAAUGCUCAAAAACGCGCCACACUGGAGGAUCAAAUGGCCAAGUAUACAACCCCUAUGUACCGCGCCCCGGAAAUGAUGGAUACAUGGAACAAUGAGCCUAUAGGGCCUCCAGUGGAUUGUUGGGCUUUAGGAUGCAUAUUAUAUUCUUUGAUUACAUUGCGGCAUCCGUUUCCCGAAGGUAACAAGCUAGCAAUUGUGAAUGGCAAGUAUCCACCGUUACCGCCUAAUCCGCGGUACGCGUGUCUGCAUGAUCUGGUGAAAGAGUGUCUGCAAGUCUCGCCCAUACAAAGAUUGACGACGGCGCAACUCUUGGAACGUCUGGCAGCGAUUGCCGAGUCAAACGACUUCGACCCUAGAGAACCGCCGCAAAUCGAAAUUGUCGCGAUCAGGCCGUCGCCACCCCCGCGUCCGACGCCGCCGCCGCCACCACCGUCGUCGUCGUCAUCCUCGUCAUCAAAUACGCCGCCGCCACCCCCUCGUCCUACUCACCCGGUAAUGAUACCGCCACCGAGACCGGCGCCCGUGCAGACAGUGGUGUCCAAAGUUCCGGCAACUCAAGCUACAACGGGCCUAUUCAAUUCGCUGAAAGGCGGCGCCGGUAGCAUCCUGCGCAACCUGAAGGAUACCUCCAGCAAGGUGAUGCACACCGUUCAGCAGAGCAUGGCCAGAACGGAGCUGGAUGCGAGUUAUGUGACGUCGCGUAUACUCGUUAUGCCGUAUCCGGCCGACGGGAUCGAGUCUGCUUAUCGCGCCAAUCAUGUGGAGGACGUGAGGGCCUUUCUCCAAGCCAGGCAUCCACCGCCCGCUAAGAUUCAGCUGUACAAUCUGUCUCGCGGCCGGCCAAACGUCACGAGGCUUCCCGGCAGACACAUCGAUUGCUCGUUUGCCUACGCCACACCGGAAUCGAACGCGCCUAUGCUGUUCGCUCUGUACCAAAUCUGUCAGGAUAUCUAUCAGUAUUUGAGCGCCGACUUCAAUCACGUGGUGGUGCUAUAUUGUACCGAUGGAUACCGAGCGAGCGCCACGGUAGCGUGCACUCUGCUGAUUCACUGCAGAGCCCUAACCACAGCCAAGGAAGCUAUCGCUUUAUUCACGACGCGACGUUGCCAGCCGCCGCAUCUGCAGCCUUCAGAAUUGCGCAGUAUCAAUUACAUGAGUUUAUUGAGCAGCGGCCGGUUACCGCAUACUAAGCCCUUGGUCUUCCGUUCCGUCGUCAUACAACCGGUACCAUUGUUCACUAGAGCGAGGGAUGGUUGCCGUCCUUAUAUAGAGAUCUACAGCAACGGCGCGUUGGUUUUUACGACCAAGAAGGCCAUCUACGAAGAAAUGAAACUAUUUGGAAUGAUGGAGGGCAAAAUCUGUUUGAUCUUAGGAGACGCGGCCGUGCGCGGUGACGUUACUAUAAUGAUACAUCACGCCAGGCAACAGCUGGGCCGCGUGAUUGGCAUCAAAAUCGCCUCGUUGCAUUUUCAUACCGGUUAUGUACCUAUCAUCGAGAGCGCCUUGACAUUUGAGAACCGCGACUUGGACGAUGCUCCCGAGAUUGGUGGCAAAUUUCGCAUCGUGCUGAACGUAAUGAUAGGUGAGGAGAAUUCGAAGCUAUCCAGAGUACCGGCGCCUUGGGAGGCGGAAACUUGCGUCAAUCUCGUCCCAGAUCCGCUGUUCGGCUGCUCUUCGUCCGAAAGAGUGCAGAAAAAUUGAUAAUAAUUAAUUACGGUGUUAUUACAGAUUCAUAAGGCACAAUCAAACGAAACCGAUAGAGUUUCGCAACAUGAAGCAAUACUUCAUCAGCCAGAAAACCUGAGAGAGGAAGAGGAGAUGAGCAUAAAAGAAGGGAAUAACUUUCAGGAAGCUGAUUUGCUGAAUCUCGGCAUGCCGGACAAUACUAAUAGUACCUCAAAUACUCCCGCCACCACGGCGGCAAAUCCAGGUUUAGAUAUCUUCUCUAGUUCUAAUCAGAACGAAAGCGAUCUCUUGGGCGGUUUCGGCGUAUCGGCAUCGCAGACCGAGACUGUCACCUCUACCUUGAUUAACAAUAGCGCCUCGGCUGAUUUAUUGUUCGGACACAAUGACUCCGCAACGAGAAAUAACAAUAAUCUGAACAUGAACGAUCUAUUAUUUGGACAGUGUCAGACAAUAUCGAGUAAUGUCAAACAGGUCAAUGACAUGCUAUUCGAUCCGCUGGGCGGAGGUACCGCGAACAAUCUUCUUGGCGACCUCGCGACCAAUUCUACCGCCAAAAUCCCGAAUGCUGAGGAGAACUUGCCACGAAAUGCCAGUGUGCCGAACUUUGCCGCUCAAGCCAGUAAAGAUCCGUUUGCCAAUUUGGCCGGUUCGUUGGGAACAAGUCUUGCGAGCAGUUGGAACGGUACGCCAAAGAACUCGAGUACCCCGCAAUCAGCGAGUCCGGCGCCCGCAAGCACACCGAUUCACUCUAGCCCGAACACGAUGCACAAAACCAACGAUAACGUGAACAGCGGUGCUACGGACCCGCUUGGCGGUAAAGCGAAAGAGAAGACGAGUGGCGAUGCGUUCGAGGAUCUUCUUGGCAGUCAAGGAUACAAUUUCUUCAGUUCGCGCAAAGCCGAGAAGGACAGCCCGAAGACAAUAAAUCAGAUGCGAAAGGUAGAAGCGGCUAAGACGAUGGAUCCUGAUAGGUUGAAGAUAGCUGAAUGGACGGAGGGCAAGAAAGGCAAUCUACGAGCUUUGCUCUGCACCCUGCACACUGUCCUGUGGCCGGAGGCUGACAGAUGGCAGCGUUGCGAAAUGCAUCAAUUGGUUACGGCCGCGGAUGUCAAGAAAGCGUACAGAAAAGCCUGUCUGGCUGUGCAUCCGGACAAGCAAGCUGGCACGGCGAAUGAGAAUAUAGCGAAAUUGAUUUUUAUGGAGCUGAACAACGCGUGGAGCACGUUUGAAAACGACGCGUCGCAGCAAAAUCUAUUUAGCUAAUUUUAAUGACCCUUAUCUGUUAUCGAGAGAACCUGUUUCUGUAAUUAAUUUAGUUCCUAGUGGAAGGGGAGCUAAGAGCGAGCGGGGAUCUUAUCCGUGAGAUAACCGCAAUAAUUGCAUUCCAACUACGUUACUUUAGCUUUAGAAAGAGAGAGAGAGAGAGACAAGGUGGCAAAAGAAAGGAAGAGCGAGAUCGGCGAAGCAGUGCUUCGAGAUACAUCUCCUUAUUGUUUCAACGCCUUGCAAACCUAGUUAAAAUCUCAAUUAUGACAGUAUGGCGUAUAACGUAUAUAUGUAUAUAACGCAAAUGUACAUUAAAAAGAAAUUCCCAAAUAUACGAAGCUAUUUUCCGGCCGAAAGAGAAAGCUUUGUACACUAUUAUCUAUCGUAAAAUAUAAAAAUUCGAAAAUUUCCGUAGAGGUAUUCUACUGCACACAUACUUCAUCACAUACAUCACAAUAUUUAUCAGCAUCUGAUCAGUUAUGAAAAAGAUUGCAUAUAAUGUAAGGAUAGUACCAUAGGCAUUAUAAUAUAAUACUAUUUUUUCGAUAAUGUAAGGCACAGAAUACCACUACUGGAAAUAUAAUAUUUCCUGAUUUUGAAGAUUUAAUGUAAAAUUUGAGAUAUUUUAGAAGAGAUAAAGAAAUGGUUCUUUCUUA